UUUCACUUUGUGGAAACUAAACGCAGAUUCGUUGAGGUCCUUGAACAGAAACCUGAAUAAACGGCGAAUCGAUUGGACGGUGGCGUUGCCGUGGUUGCUGAGGAGGCGGAGCUCGGCGGAGCGCGUGACGGCCGAAGACGAAGCUGCUGAUUAACAACAAAGCUGAGAUUAUCUGCAGUAACAAGAUCAGAGCCGCUCCAGGGUUAAGACGAGCUCCAGCAGCUCCGACACAUUCACACCUCAACGCCUCCACAGGAACCAGAGCCCCGGCCCCCCCACCACUAUGGACCCUCCUCACGCCUCUGAGACCGCUGGAAGUCCAAACGGUUACUGAUCCGAACUUGGACUGUUUGACUUGGUGUUCUGAGGUGACAACAUGGCGUUCAUGCCGGUGAAGUUCAACCUGCAGAAGCGGGUGAAGCUGGCUCAGGGUCUGUGGACGCUCUACUGGGUCUCGGUCAUCGUGGGGAUCCUCGUCUUCAGCCUCGGCAUCUUCUUCAAGAUCGAGCUGAGGAAGAGGAGCGAGAUGAUGGACAACGGCGAGAGCCACGCCGUGCCCAACCUGCUGAUCCUGGUGGGGGCGUUGGCCUGCGGGGUCAACGCCUUCGGGGGCAAAGUCUGCCACGACUCCCUGGACCCCAUCAAGUUCUCCAGGUGGAGGCCGACGCUCAGGCCGUUCCUGCUGAGCUGCUGCGUCUUCGUCCUCCUGCUGCUGCUGGUGGCGCUGCUCUGCUUCCUGAUGCAGGUGGACGUCUACCUGACGCUGGCCACCGGCCUGAAGAACAGCAUCAGGUUCUACAAGGACACGGACACGCCGGGACGCUGCUUCAUGAAGAGGACGAUGGACAUGACCCAGAUCGAGUUCCGUUGUUGCGGAAACAACAACUUCAGGGACUGGUUCGAGGUCCAAUGGAUCAGCAACCGGUACCUGGACAUGAGCAGCGAGGACGUCAAAGAUCGUGUCCUCAGUAACGUGGAGGGGAAGUUCCUGAUGGACAGCGUCCCAUUCAGCUGCUGUAACCCGGGGUCUCCUCGUCCCUGCCUCCAGCACCAUCUCACCAAUAACUCCGCCCACUACGACUACGACCACCGGACAGAGGAGCUGAACAUCUGGACGCGGGGCUGCAGGGAGGCGCUCUUCUCCUACUACAGCAGCAUCAUGUCCAGCAUCGGGACACUCGUCCUCCUAACCGCCGUCUUGGAGGUGGUGGACAUGGCGGGGCUGAAGUACCUCAGCACGGCUCUGGAGACGAUGGACGACCCUGAGAACCCAGAAUGUGAGAGUGAAGGAUGGCUCCUGGAGAAAGGCGUGAAGGAGACGCUCAGCGACAUGAUGUCCAAGAUGAAGACGCUGGGAAAAACCAACCAGGUCGAAGAGGGUGGGGACACACCAGAGGCCUGAAAGCCACACCCACCACAGACUGGGGCCCUGCCCACCGCCAACUGGGCGCCUCCCCCAUGACUGCCAUCUUUCCUGCAGAGAGAAGUGGCCAGCUUCCUGUUCUAUACAAACGCCAUUGCACCUGUGUUCAAAUACACACACACACAACCACACAGACACACUACAACACACACACAUCAACACACACACAUGAACACAUGUUGAAAGUGAACAAGUCAAAGUUCUGUACUGUGGAUAUUUUUCUGUAAAUAUGUUGAACAGAGUUUAUUUUUAAACAAACGUCUGACGUUUCUGUCAGAUGUUCAUCAUUAGAUCUGAGUCCAGGAGGUUUGAGACCAACCAGUAGGCCCUGAUCAGCUGGUACCGCCCUGAUCAGCUGGUACCGUCCUGAUCAGCUGGUACCGCCCUGAUCAGCUGGUACCUUCCUGAUCAGCUGGUACCUUCCAGAUCAGCUGGUACCUUCCUGAUCAGCUGGUACCGCCCUGAUCAGCUGGUACCUUCCAGAUCAGCUGGUACCUUCCAGAUCAGCUGGUACCUUCCUGAUCAGCUGACAUCUUAUUCGUGUGUUUUAUGUGAAUGUCUAGGAUGUCUGGUAUCGGUUAAUGUCGCAGUCCAAUCGCUGAUGGAGCUGGUUGCCACGGAAACAGACGCCAUUAAAAACCAGACCUGUUGGCGAUGAAUAACACCUGAGUAUAGAAGUAAAUGCAGGUACAUCCAGCCACAAGACAAACAAAUUUACCCGUAUACACCUGUACACACAUCUGUAAAUACACAAACACAGGGUGACUGAUCAGUUUUACACAACCAUUUUCUUUUUGAUUUGGUUUUUUGUUUGUUUGUUUAUUUUUUUUUUAUGAACAUCCUGACUUGAAACGUUUCUCAUGCUGUAUUUUUUGUUUUCAAACUGAGCUUAAUAAGUUACUGUAACCAGCUGAGAUGCUAGCUAGCCGCCUGGUUCCCUGUGAGAGCGACGCUGGCUCAGACUGAAACUCUGCAGCCAAACCAACCAACACACACUUUGCUGAGCUUGGUUUGUCUGAGUUUAAUUAUUGAAGCGUCAUCACAGUGUGUGUGGACCUGGUCUGAAGUCACUUGUCUAGAUCAAGUCAGAUGAGCUAUGUAGAGAUUAAAGGGGCAGUUUGAAGAGUUUAUUUUUUGUAUGUUAAGUUUUUGUCUUUGCAGAGUUGUGGUGUUUUCAGUUGGAUAUUGUGGGCUGGUUGGUGGUUGUAGUCGCUCCUAUAAAAUAAUUGUGACUGACACAAA